AUGUUGCUGCUGCUAGGAUUAGCCACGGGCCUCGCCGUCGCCGGCGAAGUCGAGAAGCAGCAGGACGGCGGCGGGGCGUCGUCCUCCGGGGGCGGCGGCGGCCAUGGCUCGAAGAUUAGCCCCGCGGUGCUGUUCGUCGUGAUGAUAGCGGCCGUGGUGCUGUUCGUCUCCUGCCUGCUGCAUCUCGUGGUCAGGCUCUUGCUCAGGCGCGGCCGCGCGCGCGCACGGGACGAGGCCGACGGUGGGGUGAACGCGGCGGGCGGCGGCGGGGAGGAGUCCGCGUUGCAGAGGCAGCUGCAGCAGCUGUUCCACCUGCACGACGCCGGGCUGGACCAGGACGUCAUCGACGCGCUCCCGGUGUUCCUGUACCGGGAGGUGGUGGUCGGCGCCGGCGCCAAGGAGCCGUUCGACUGCGCGGUGUGCCUGUGCGAGUUCGCCGGCGAGGACCGGCUGCGGCUCCUGCCGCUGUGCGGGCACGCGUUCCACAUCGACUGCAUCGACACCUGGCUGCUCUCCAACUCCACGUGCCCGCUGUGCCGGUGCGCGCUCGGCGCCGACGCCGCCGCGCUGUUCGUCGACGGGUUCGACGAGGAAGGCGGCGGUUGGAAGCACGAGCACGCUGUGGUCCCCGUGCGCCUCGGCAAGUUCAAAAACCUGUCCAGGGCGGCGCCUGGCCCCAUCCGUGACGGCGCCGGCAUUGUGACCAUGGAGGACGGCGAGACGAGCAGCAGCAGCAGCAGCCUGGACGCCAGGCGGUGCUACUCCAUGGGCUCCUACCAGUACGUCCUCGCGGAGGCGAGCCUCCAGGUGUCCGUCCACAGGAGGCACGGCGACGGCCAUGCCAGGGCCGGGGCGAGGCUCAGAGGUGUCGGCGUGGGCUCCAACCCCGCAGGCACCGAGACCGCCGGCGGCGGCGGCGGCACCGAGGGGAAGAGGAUCGGCGCGGGCAGCAAGGGCGACAGCUUCUCGGUGUCCAAGAUUUGGCAGUGGCCGCGGAACGGCAAGGGGAAGCUUCCCGUACUCGCGUCCGAUGACUCGCCGGCGAUGAACAUGAACGGCAGGCUGCCGUGGCAGAGGCCUAGUCUCGGGGAUUCGUGA